UUUCGUGCGAUCUCACGCAAUCUCACGUGAUCUCACGUGGUAGUGGGUAGCAGUGGGCACAGUAUACCCUGUGGUCGCUAGUUUGAAAAGAUACAUUGCUACGUUCCAUUAUUAUACUUACUUAAUUUUUUUCCUGUGAACUAUUUAUACAGCCCUUUUCCGCGUAGCUCGAUGAAAACAUAUUUUUCUGGAUAUCAGGGCACAAUUUCAAAGUUUUCAAAUAGCUAUAUGAAAUGACGUCACGAUCUUAACGAGCACAAUUAUGCUGACGAAACGUAAUUACGGAGCGUAUCGUCGAUAAAAUCAUUACCAACACAAUUUUGUUCCACGAUAUGGCUCUUCCUGUUGUUUACCUCACCCGAAAGGAAUCGAUAUCGGCAUGUCAUCGGUUACACAGCGAUGCUUUAAGCGACACCGAGAAUUUGAAUCUCUAUGGGAAAUGUAACAAUUUGUGGGGUCACGGACACAACUAUACAGUGGAAGUGACCGUUCGAGGUCCAGUGAAUCCUGUUACAGGCAUGGUUAUGAACAUUUCGGAUUUAAAAAUUUACAUGAAGAAUGUGCUGGGUGAUCGAUUGGAUCAUAAAAAUUUAGAUAAAGAUGUUUUACAUUUUAAAAGUAUCGUAUCCACUACUGAAAAUCUAGCAAUUUAUGUUUUCAACGAGCUCAAACUUCAAAUGCCAAACCCUGAUUUAUUAUAUGAAGUUAAAAUCUAUGAAACCGAAAAGAACGUAGUUAUAUACCGGGGUGAAUGAAGGACAGAAAGUAACUUUAUGAAUCGAUGAUCCGAUGAUAUAAUACAUUGUUUUACUACAUGA